UGUGUGUGUGUGUGUGUGUGCUUGUGUGUGUGUCAUGAACACCAUCACGUACAAAAGACAAGCUUCGGGCAAAAUAAAAAAAAAAUCAUUUCAGCCACGCUGCUCAUGAAAGAGACUGUACGUGCUUUCAAUGCAACAUUGGAAAUGUAUUAAAAAGCCGCCCUGACAUGAUUGACAUAUAUUUGUUUGUCAAGGCCGUGUGUUGACACCAGAUGGUAAAAGUAGGCUAAUGCAAGAAAAGAAAGAAAAAAAAAAAGAGAAGAAAAAUCGACUCCAAAAAGGAAAAUGAGGCUGCGAGCUUAGCUUGAAUUUCAAAGCUUGACUAACCAGUUAUGUCAAAACAAAUCCUGCUCUGGGCCUUGGUGCUGCGGCUCUUGGCUUCCUCUGCGUGUCAGUUCAGGCCGAGCGGAGCAUUCCAGCCGUCCUCCACCUGAGGGCCUGCAGAACCGGGAGAAUUGCACUUCAUGAAACAUUCAGACCCCGAGCCCUCCUGCGGGAAAUCGCUUGUUUUGUUCCCCAAAAAAAGUUGGGGCGGUUAAAGACCAGGGGCCGCAGCGAGAUGCGCAGACGUCUCUGCCUUGCGAAGCUUUUUUUUCGGGGGAGCCGGGCCACUUCACUCAGGUUCUGUGAAUAGAGGGGAGACCGGAGAAAUGUACAGCUCCAUCCGUCUCACAAAAAAUAAUGUGAUCUGGUAUGUGACCUCACUUGUGACCUCACUUCCUGGUUAGUAUCCGGCCUGCAGACAUUGUCCGUGGCGAUUUCUUCUCUCUCUCUCUCUCUCUCUCUCUCUCUCUCUUAUCAAUGUUGUAAAGUUUGGCAGCGCUGAAGUCUCGGGGGCAUAAGGUUCACCACACCUCAGCUGCUGCUGCUGCUGCUGCUGCUGCUGCUGCUGCUGCACGGUCCCCUCGGUUUUUUUCCGGAUAACUUUUUUUUAAAGAAGCGUUCCAAUCAUUCAUCAUAAAGAGCGGGAGUGACAUUUGGAGCACAGGCAGGUCAAAAAAAAGUAUUUUCUGGGAAAGGCUGCACAUCCCGUCACGCAGCCAUCAUGAUGAAUCCGACAAAAGACGAUAUUCAUGCGUAUGCCCUGUCCAAGACCCUGACGAAAGUUUCAUCCCCUGCAACUGUGGGGCUCUACUCCCCGUGUCAGAAUCGCAUCAACAUGAUCCUCGGACAAAUGGAAGUGCACAUGGACGAGGAGGCAGUGAAGAUUGAGGGUGAGCACGGAGGAAGGCCUCGCUCGGUCAAGCCUUCACUCACGGGCUUCGUGGCGCUCAUUGGUCGGCUGCUCUUUUACAGGCCUAUUUGGACUAAGACGAACCAGCGGCAUCACAACAUACGGUUCAUCUAUGUGCAUUUCAGUGCCUGGCAUUUCGCAGGCAGUGACCUGCUUUGGGCCGGUAUAGUCAUACGACUGAUUCAGGCCAUGCAGAUGAACUUUGGGAAAUUGCAGCUUGCACUCUACCGCGUGGUGCAACAUGAUGAAGAGGAGGAAAUCACGAAGAAGAAAGUGGGGAAUGGUACUAACAAUUGGAGGUCCAGGAAGAUUUGCUGCUGCCCUUUGUGGAGCCUUGUCUUGGCCUUUCUUGUGGUACCAAUUAUCCUCCUGGUAUUCCUAUUGGCAUUUGGCCUUCCCAAACCUGUGGUGAAACCUGGCGGGCAGGGGGAUAAAACAAAUGGCCAGGUGGGUAUGCUCGAGGGCCUGAUCAUUGCCUCGUUAGGAGUCCCUGCAGCGAGCGCAUUGAGAUUUACCUUUCUAAUGGUCAAGAACCUCAUCUUCAACCAAGACAAGAACAUGAAGAAGGGGAUGGACAAUGAGCGGGUGAGCAGCCAACUUGGCUUCAUGAAUGAGGUGAGGAAGGAAAUGUGGUUCCUGUCUCGCUUCGUGCAGUUUAUGGAGAUCUUUGAGAGGCGCCGGAUUCGAGUGGUGCUGAAGAUCACCAGUCUUGACCGUUGCGCCCCCAAGAAAAUUGUUGCAGUCCUGGAGGCCAUCAACAUUCUGCUUUCGGAUGAGGAGAGUCCGUUCAUUUCCAUUCUGGCAGUAAACCCAGAUGUUCUUGUGCAGAAAGUGAACUUUGCGGACGGCUGCUUAAGCAAAGAGGACAGAGCUUAUGCAUUGUUGAACCGCAUAGUGACUCUGGCCUUCACGCUCCCACCACUGUCUGACGAUUCGAAGCACAGUUUAUAUUACAGCCUCACUAGCAAUUCAAAAUUCCUUGAAGAUAUCAGCAUAGGGAAAGAUAAGCAUAGAACUGGGAACGCCAAAAAGACAUCUUCCUCCUCUGAUGUGACAAAAGUACUCAUUGCAUUGGAAGAGUCAAAUCCACUGACCAAUAAAACCACAGCAGCACUGGAUGUAAACGAAGAGGAAGUAGAGAAGCUGGUGGGAAGCAUCCUGACGCACAAUGAGAGAAAUAUAAACCAGUACAUGUCAGACGAUGCCAUGUCUAUGAGAAGGGUGAUUAACUCCAUUCGCGUGACUGUGAUAAUCAUGAUGGCCUUGGAAAAACAGCUCCCUGAACCAGACUGCAUCGCAGCAUGGGUGGUCUUAGCCACUCGGUGGCCCUGCCGACUCAGCUGGAUCAUCCAGUGUGCAGAAGAUGCCCAACAAAGAGGAGAUAUUGACCGCAGGAGUGCGGCCGUCACCGACGAUUCAAAGACCUUAUGGGAAGUCUUCAGCGAGUCCAAGGCAGAGCUGUACGUGAUGAGUGAACAGAUCGAGGACCUCCUCGAGCAGGACGGAGAUCCGGAGAUGUUUGAACGAUUUCUCACGGCGGAUUUCCGGUUCACUUUGAAGGACUUGAAGACGUUUGAGGUGGUGACGGUGAACCUGGAUCACACCAUUAGGAAGGAGCUGGCCCAGAUCCGAGGGACAUCCAGGCUGAAAGAUUCUGGUUGGGUGAGGGACCUAGCUCCUCUGCAUAUAACAACUAUAAUCAACAUGGAUACAGAGGAGGUGUGCAAAGAGUUGGAGAGGAUGAAAUUCCCCAGCAAGUACAUUGAAAAAGUGAAAAGCAACGACCUCAAUGGUUUGGCGCUGCUCUUUGGUAAUACAGACGACCUUAAAGAACUCCUGGGUAUGACCUUUGGAGAAUGGGCAACUUUCAGACUGCACUUCCUAGGUUUACCAUCACACCUUCGAUCGCAAUACAAGAACCUGCCGCUGGCCUCCUCUCAUCCUCAGAACCAGCUUUUGAGAUUUAAAACACACAUGUCCCAUCAUUACUCGUCUAAUUCCAGUCUGGUCAGUAACCCUAUGUAGGAAGUAGGUCAGGAUAUGCCAAAAAUGAUCUGCAUGUGAAAUAUUGGCAAAGUAUUAUACAACCUGUGCAUAAAAAUAACAUACAGAAAUAAAUGCUUGAUUGAAAAGUGUGACAUUUUGGGAAAUCUCUCACCAUUACCACUCAUGUGUCUAUGCUAAAUAUGAAGCUAAGAGCCAGCAGGUAAAUAUAUAUUAGCUGAGCAUAAAGACGAGGUGCAGGGGUUUAUAGCUAGUCUGGCUCUGAUGUAUGGAUGAACCGAGCAAGAUACAGAAUGUUAAUGAGCCGGCUUUAAAGCUUUAGUGUUGUCUUCAAAGAUUUUAUGGGUUUUUUUUGGACAGUGCCAGUCUAGUUGUUACCCCAUGCCCCCAGUAUUUCUGCUAAGCUAUGUGCUCCUGGCUCCAUAUUUCUAAUGCACAGACAUGAGUGGUAUCUUCCAAUGUCACUCCAUGCAAGAAUGCAAAUACAUGUUUCUGAUACUGUGAUUGAUUCUCGAAAAUGUUGCCAUUUUCAGCAUGUUGGUAUGUAGCUCAGAGGUGGUUGUUUCCUCUUCUUUUUUUUUUAAAGCUAUAAAAUAGUCUUAUAUCUGCUGAGUCUGACAACACAAUGACAUAAAAUAAGUAUCUUGUGUGAUUUAACAACACUCAAUUUGGCAGAGUUCACAGUUUAAACAUUACUUGCUAAUUUGUUAAUCAAAUUAUCUGUAAACCAGUUGAUGCCCCAAUGAAUUGCAUUCAGAUUUUAAUUUGUUGAGUCCUGGCGUCGCUCAUCAUGCUCAGUCACUGUCACGGCUCACUGAGACAUUUUGACAAAACAGAGCUGUUGUUUAGGUUAUUAGUAAAAUGUGUGCUUUUUUACUACCGUGACCGUAGACUAUAUAAACAUUGACUUGACUCAAAGUCUGAAAAGCAAAGCCAGUUGCCCUAAAGUGUAAUUCCACUGAGAGCCACCAGAGGCUGGUUCCCAUAAGACAUCCAUUCAAAAAACAUCAACUUUCUCUAUUGAAACACUAAGACAAGAAAUGUUUGCCACAGGUGGUUGUAGCUAAAUUCACUAAUUUAAGAAUUAUUUAAAUAUUAGAGUGGCAGGUUUGGGGGCGGGCCUGUUUAGACUGACAUCGGCACUGGAUGAUUGGCAGACAGCUUAUUGGACGAGGCAGACCAAGGGGGGAUCACCUCAUUUUGACUCGGCUGUGUGGUAUAAUUACUGUUAUUUUGACACACUUAAUGGCACGCCAAAGUGCCUGCUGUGAAAUAGGCCUUUUACAAGACACUUUUUUCCCCCCAUGUGUCGAUGUGUUGCAGAAGAAAAGGUGGCAAAAAAAAAGGAUGAGGAAUUUCACCUGUGAAACACAUCACCUCUGUGUGAUAAGAAACACAAAUCAGUUAUUGUUACUUAACAAUUCUGCACGACCUUUGUUUGGGAAGAUAAGUUGUUGUUGUUUUUUUCCAUAAGAGGCUCGUUCAUGCACAAACCUGCAACGUGAUUGUAGUUUUCACACUUUAUUUUAUUCUUGUUUUGGUUGGUUGCAUGGUUUUCAUUUUUAAUGUACUGUAACUUUAGUGUGGAAUCUUGAGAGAAUUUGCAAGGUUUGAUGUUUUUAGCCUGAUGCAGGUUUCAAACAGCUAAAAAAACCCCCACAGAAUAUUUACUUUUAUAAUAAAAAAAUUUGGGAUGUGCACAUCUCCAAGAUACGGAGACAGAGUCACCUUCAUGCACAGACACCAACAAUGUAUAUUUGGUUAUUUCAUCAAUGUAAAUCCACCGUGAUUUGUUCAGGCAAAGUUUAUUGAUCAUUCAUCAGAAAGCCAAGUACUGCACAUUUCCCGAGAGAACUGCAAUUCUCCAUUUCAUGAAAAUCAAGAAAAUGUAAACUCUUUGACAAAUGAAAUAUGCAAAAAAAAAUCCAUAAUAAAAAAUGCUCAUCCACGCAAA